CUUGUUUACAUUCUCAUGACGCAAAUAUUAUGUUUUAGUUGAUUUCGAGCCGUUCUGCGUUGAGUUUGUGCUUCGCUUUUUCCUUCUCUGCGUUCUCUGACAAAUAUACGUAUCAGUUAUGAUUGCUAGGAAUUAGAAAGUGCGGUUGAACACAGUGACAAACCUGUACGGUUCUUUAUUUGUAUGGUUGCAGGCUUCUAUAAGUUCGAAUUGUGGCCCAUCAAACAGGAUCAAAGCCUAAUGCGCCAAUAGAUAAGCCACUUGCAAUCGCCCCCACACUUUCCGUGUGCGCGUGUGUGAUGUAACACAAUUGUAUCCUAACUGCGCCCAGAAGAAGUAAUUGACUGUUACUGUGUAUACGAUUUAUUUGUUGCAGCUUAGAAAAAAAGCGCUAUUCAAUGGCAUGCCCAUUGCUUAAAUUCGUAAUCUUCCUGGCUGCGUUGACCCUCCAGGUAGUUAUCCAUUGCAAGGCUGCCCUAAUCUCCACCUCGAUCCAGCAAGCCGUCAGCCGUGGUGGCCGACUGGGAGAUGAUGGCCUUGCCUGGCAUGCCGUGUACGAUCCGGUAUCGACGACAAUACACAUGAAUACCGCCACAAAUGUGAGCAUACGAAUCGAGGGUCUCCCGCAAGAUUACGUGGUGGACGAGUCGAGUAUUCAGUUGAAAAGCGAACGAAAUCAUGUCGCAUCGAUUCUUGGCGGCAGCUUCAAAGCCAUCGAGAUGAGAAGGGAAUCGAGCUUCGAGGGAGGAUUUAAUAUAACGGGGGAAUUCCUGGGCACGACUAAUUUGUACGUAGAAGUCACGGGGAAAGACAAUCGGACGGUCCAAUCGGGAGAGAAGUUGCCGGUAACGGUUAUUCGAGAGGAGCGAGUGAUCGAUACAGUGUUCACUGCUUCGGUCGCUACCCUGGUGUCCAUAUUGUACAUCAAUUUUGGAGCAGCGCUGGAUUUGCCUAAGCUCAAAACUAUCCUAGUGAGACCAAUUGGGCCAGCAAUUGGUUUCCUAUCGCAAUUUCUUUUCAUGCCAUUACUGAGUUACGGUUUGGGAUAUUUGCUCUUCCCAAAUGAUUACGAACUUCAACUUGGAAUGUUCUUUACCGGAGUUUCGCCGGCAGGAGGCGCUUCCAAUAUCUGGACGGUGGUUCUUGGUGGCAAUAUGAAUCUCUCCGUGGCUAUGACUACCAUCAGUACUAUUGCCGCGUUUGGGAUGAUGCCUCUGUGGAUAUUCACACUUGGUCGAAAUAUUUUCCACCAAGGCAAUCUCGUUGUACCCUACAGAAACAUUGCCACCUUUGCUGUUGGUUUGGUGGUUCCGCUAGGAAUCGGACUGCUGAUCCAGCGGUAUAGUCCACGCACAGCUCGCAUCCUGGUCCGAAUUCUGAAACCAAUGUCGAUUUUUCUGAUCCUAUUCAUCGUCAUCUUCGCCAUCAUCACGAACCUCUAUCUGUUCGAGCUUUUCUCGUGGCAAAUCAUUGUUGCUGGACUCGGGCUGCCUUGGAUCGGUUAUCUCUUCGGAUACUUCACCAGUAAAGCCGCCCGGCUUCCCACAGCCGAUGCGCUAGCCAUUUCGGUGGAGACGGGCAUCCAGAACACCGGUAUUGCCAUAUUCCUGCUGAGAUUCUCCCUGCCACAACCAGCGGCCGACUUGACCACGGUGAUUCCCGUCUCGACGGCCAUCAUGACACCGUUCCCGCUGAUGGCACUCUAUUUGGUGCUGAAACUCCGCGAGAAGAACUCUCUCUCCUUUCCAGAUGUGCAGUACGCAAGGAUAAGCUGAUCCCGAAGGAUUCGAUGCAGGAGCAACUGAGUGGCACUUGAUUUUAUAAAAUGAUAUUUGUAGUUUUUGUGUGAACAAAACUGUUAUCUGUGAAUAUUAUACAUAUCCCUUCGAGGAAGUUUGAACAAAUAUAAUGAUAUAUUGAUUUAAAUCAAA